AUGCACGAGAAAUCUCGCAUAGCGUUCUUGACAACAGUGGGCAGCGAAGAGAAGGUGCAAUACCUUGUCAAUGAGUGCCAAACUCCUCGCUCCCGCAUUUUCUACUCCCGCGAUACCUCACUUUACCGUGACCUUAUGCGAGAGACCAAUAAUCACGGAGUGGAUAUAGUCUUGAGUGCGCUCCCAGGCAAGCUCCUGCAUGCCUCAUGGAAGUGUGUUGCUCCAGGAGGAAAGAUGUUCGAUAUUGGGAAGAGGGACGUCCUGGGCCAUGCCAUCUUGCCCAUGAGCUCUUUCGACCAAGCACGAUCGUUCUACACCACAGAUUUACUUCAAGUCAUGCAAAGCAACCUCGAGCAAGGCAAGGGAGCCACGUCAGCAACCGAAAUAGUUGUGUCAUAUGCAGACUUCCUCGAUCGCGAAGUCGUGCAUACAAAUCGCAUCACCUGCUUUGACGCUGCAGAUGCCCCCAGCGCGUUUCGCCAUUUGCAAAGUGGCAAACAUAUUGGGAAGAUUGUCAUUAGGAUUCCUGAGGAUCCUGCGAAUCUGCCUACCGCCACAAGCCUCGCAACCCCCGAAUUCUCGUCAGAGAGAGCUUAUCUAUUAUCUGGUGGCCUCGGAGGGUUGGCCUGUUGCGGUGCAAGGAAACAAGGAAACGUAGCAAAUCCCGACGAUGUGAAUAGAGCUAUCUCCCAAAGCCCUCGAAAAAUCGGCGGCGUGAUCCAGCUUGCACUGGCAUUGAAGGACUCAGUACUGCACGAAAUGUCCUACGAGGACUGGCAAUGCCCUCUAGCUCCCAAGUUUCACGGUACAUGGAACCUCCACCAAGCACUGAGUAGCACCCCUCUGGACUUUGUCAUCAUGUUUGGCUCCAAUGCAAGCAUACACGGAUCACCAUCCCAAGCGAACUAUGCCGCAGCAAACACGUUCCUUGUAGGAUUAGCCAAGUAUCGACACAGCCUGGGACAACCUGCAUCAGUUCUUGACCUAGGACCGACUGCUGAGAUUGGCUAUGUGAGCCGACAACCCAAACUGCAGCGAUACUUCGACAGCCUGGGCGUACGCUAUGUGCGCGAGCAGGAUCUGCUAAACGUCGUGCAUCUCCUCAUCAAACACAGUAAAGACCCUGCGCUGCUCCAGAACUCCGCAGUUCAAGAUCCACACCACCUUUCCCUUGGAGCAAUCUAUAACAACCCCUCCCUCCACGGCAUGUUCGGCAGCUGCUCGAUUAUCAAAAAUAUGGACUCCACAACCAAGACCAAGGAUGAAACGUCAGAUGAGGGACUAACCGACUUCAUUUCCAAGAUCCACACCAGUCCCGCGAUGCUCGAUCAGCCAGAAGCAGUGGAGUUUAUUAUUCGAAAGAUAGGCACCUCACUCAUGCCCAUGGAUCUCAAACGCAGCGGUGUACCGGAUUUGACGAAUCUAUCGCUCAUUCCCAUUGAUUCCCUGGUUGCGAUUGAACUCCGAGCCUGGGCCCGCAAUCGGUUAAAUGUCGAGGUGAAACAUAUGGAGAUCUCAUCAGUAGAGACAGUGAGGGGCUUUUCGCAGUUGAUUAUCGAUCGUGUGAGGGAGAAACUUAAGGGGCUAGCGGAGUAA